UUUGACGUUUGUGACGAACGCACACACAACACAAGAAGAGAAAGCAAGUGGUAGGAAACAAUCGAGAGCGAACGAAGGUUUUUAAAGACAGAAAAGCAAUAGACAUUUUGUAACGUGAAUAAAACUCCGUGCAAACAACACCGAGCAGACCGACACCUUUUGCUUGUACCCCCUCUGGUGAGGUGCCUGGCUAGCUGGUUCUGGUUCUCGCUUGCCCAACAGUGAGACGACAGCACGGUCUGUUUACUCAUUUUUCCUUUGUGAUACUCCACUCUCGAUCGAUCGAAGUCGCGCGACGAGAAUGCAGAAUGUCCUGAAUUCCGUCAAGGGCACGGCGCUCGGUGUGGCCGAAUAUUUAACGCCCGUCCUGAAGGAGUCAAAGUUUCGCGAGACGGGUGUGCUUACGCCGGAAGAGUUCAUUGCCGCCGGGGACCAUCUGACCCACCACUGUCCGACCUGGUCCUGGGCGGUGGGCGAUGAGAGCAAAAUCAAGCCUUAUCUGCCGAAGGAUAAACAGUUUCUGAUUACGCGCAACGUACCGUGCCGACGGCGCUGCAAACAGAUCGAGUUCGUCGGGGAGGAAAAUCUGGUAGAGGAGAACGAUCCGGACGGUGGGUGGGUGGAGACGCACCACUACAAUCCGGACGAGGCGGGCAGCUCCGGGCUGGAGGAUAAGGUGUGCGAGAUGAAGCUGGACAGCUCGCGGAUCGAGGACGAACCGGCGGCCGAUAUGGACGAUCCGCGCAAUCUGGAUGAUGGAGAUGGUGAUGGAGGGCAGGAUGAUGAUGAGGACGGUGCGGCGAUCGAUAUGGAUGAGUUCGAGGAGAGCGGUUUGCUGGAAAUGGUCGAUCCGUCAAAUGCACUACUUCCAGCACCGAACGAGAAGCCGAAACCGACGGUCGCUGUGUCCGAGACGGAGGGAGACUCGGUCGUACGCACCCGUACCUACGAUCUGCACAUCACCUACGACAAAUACUACCAAACGCCCCGGCUCUGGGUGAUCGGGUACGAUGAAAACCGCAAGCUGCUAAGCGUGGAGCAGAUGUACGAUGACGUCAGCCAGGAUCAUGCGAAGAAAACGGUCACCAUGGAAACGCAUCCGCAUCUGCCCGGACCCAACAUGGCGUCGGUGCAUCCGUGCAAACACGCGGACAUUAUGAAGAAAAUCAUUCAAACGGUGGAGGAAGGGGGUGGCGAACUGGGCGUGCACAUGUAUCUCAUCAUCUUUCUGAAGUUCGUCCAAACCGUCAUACCGACGAUCGAGUACGAUUUUACGCAAAACUUUAACAUUACCAACCACAAAUAAGGCGGGAUGUGGAAUGUGGUGCUAUCGAGCCAGAAUCCCCAGACCCCGUGGAGCAGCAGCAAGCAGACACAAAGCUUAGCCUACGAUUAGUGGUCGCUUAAAAGCAUAAAAAAAAAACAAAUCAUAUUGCUCUGUGCGUGAUGGUGUUAAUCGGCUCUCGGAGGGCUUUGCGGAAGGCAUCGUGUACCUUUUGUGUUUAAA